CAAUGAUCAUUAAUGCAUAUACAUGCUGCACAUUCGACAGGACAGUGUGCCAGACAUAACUGUCUGAAUGAAUAUAUUUUAUUGAAGUUGUGAAAAAGUCGUGUCUUUAGCUGGACUGGGUUUUUUUUGGUGGGGAUAGACUGCCUCAGAGGGUCAAUGUGAAGGAAAAUGAGCUGUCAAUGCAACCUUUAGUUAUCAAUAUGGAUGUUUAAUUUGUUUUCCAAAACUGCUGAUGAAACUAGUGCACUUGCAAGAAUUGCAAUCACUUCCAUUGUCAUUUCUAAAAUAUUUUCUCAUAAUGAUUACGGGAUUUUUUAAGGAAGAAACGAUUGGUCUCAAAUUUACGCAUGCGCCUUACGGCAAGUGAUACGGAAUUCUCCGGAGGUGUGCAUCCGACCAGUUUUUGUUCUCCUUAAAAUAUUGUAAAAGAUUGUUAGUAGCCUGUCUUCAUUUAUCAAGCAUCAAUAUGGCAUCGAUCGGCUAUUUGCAAGCGACUAUGCUUCUUCUAGCGGUCCAGCUUCUCUGUUAUAGGGCAAGCAAUGCCGAGGAGACGGGGACCGUUAUACCUGCCGAGAGCCGACCCUGUGUGGACUGUCAUGCAUUUGAAUUCAUGCAGAGGGCCCUGCAAGACCUGAAGAAGACUGCUUUUAACCUGGAUGCCAGGACGGAGACUCUAGUACUACGAGCUGAAAGGAAGGCCCUAUGUGAUUGUAUGCCCACAAACUCCCUGCGCUGAGCUGUGUGUGUAAGUGUGUAUGUGUGUGUAUGUGUUUCUGUCGGUACCUUUGCCUCUCCAGGUCUCACCCUUCAAGGUUCUUUAUCACCACAUGACUCGUACUUCACAUGAAAUAUGAUGUAUUUCGUAAUUCUUUCUAAAUUGUGAACAUAGGCACUUUAUUGUUUCUGUUCAAAUAUAACUUUAGAUAUUGCAGUGGCUUAAUGUGAAUAUAACAACACUAGAAGAGUCUGACCAACCGCCAUUCACCCAGUUGUAGAGAUGAAGUCUAUGUAUGUCAUGUUUUUAUAUUGACAAAAUCUCACCGCUGUUCAAUGUUGUAAAAAAGAGGUUAAGAAAUAAGAUGCACCUUUUUAACUGUUUGACUUCACAUCAUGUUUCAUAUCAUUGUUUAGAAAUCCUAUUAAGUAGGACAAAUAAGCAUACUUAUUAAGAGUGUUGCAGGGGUUUCUAGAGAUCACUGAAGUACACAAAGCUGUAGUCGUAAAGCUUAAAAUACACCAUCUUACGUCUUCAGAAUUGUAAGGUUUAGAAUAUAGAGUGCUUGUAGGAUUCUCUGUAGGGCUGAAUUUUAUUUGCAUGCAGCACCCUAGUCUUAGGCAAAUUGUAGGCGCAUGCACAUUGUCUUGUACCCACAGCAGGCAGGAAGUCUAUUUUGUCUCCGGUCUGCAUGACCUAUAAUACAGAUAGAUUCAUUAAAGAGACAUAGAUUCAUAUGAAGCACUAUAAAUAAAAGGGGGUUUGAUAGAUAGGGGUGGGAUAGUCAGAUGUGUAGCAACAUGUACUUAAUGGCUGAUCACUUUGGUAUUUUUCUUGUUGCUUGUUAAGAAGUAGCCUCCUACUUUAUAUGUGAAAAUGCUUGUAGAGGCAAACUGUUUGACGGUCAUUAAAGUUAUUGUUCCAUU